CGGGACGUUACGAUGGUGCGCGAUUUGAAACGUCAAAACCAACGGCUGUCGCGGUAAUACUGCGCCUAAUGUGUGGUAAAUAAAUCCGUUUAUGAUUUAUUUGUUCAGGAAAAUUGAUCGGAUAUGAAGAGUAAUUAAAGAUGAAUAAAGAUGCAGAUACACCUGUUUUUGGGGUGUUCCCUAGACUCCGCCCCCAACCUUCAUCCCAGGAGCCCUCUAAACUCUAUCAGAUGUCUGUACGUAACAGUGAAUAUCCGCCCAUCCUGCAGAGUCACUCACGGACUCUAGCGGUGCCGUAUAAAGAGCUGCGCUUCCACAGAAAUCCCUGCGAUUCUAUCGGGAACAACUACAGACUCAAAGCCCAACACUUAAAAAUAGAACAUCUUCAUCGCAAGAGUCACUGGCAGACGCCUCUGCACUGUGAUGUCUCUGGUGUGGGGAGGGCCGUCAGGAGACUAACUACAGCCCGAACGCAAAGCAGAGACAUUGUCCAUAGAUUUUCUGACAUUUCUAAAAGGCCACCUCUGUCACCAUGUCAGCAACUUGACAUUAUGCGGCAUCAAGAGGGACUACAAAAUAAGGGAGAGCCCACAGAGAGAGAGUUAGAGAGGUACAUGUACUAUAUUCAUGAGGGUAUUUAUGGUCACAUGUUGGCCCCCCAACCACAAGAGCAAAUCAGCAACAUCCUGCAGUUGGUGCCCAGCCAUUUCCACGGCGACGAGAGGAAGAUGCAGAGGAUGCGGAAACAUCUGGAGGAGGUCCAGAGCGAUUAUGAUUUCAGCCUCCGCAAGAGCAUCGUCGAUUAUAUCCUGCUAGAUCCGGAGGAGAAAGUGCGUCUGUCAAUAUCCGCCGUUCCCAAACUCUUUCCAACGUUUGUCAUCCAUGCGCCUGUUCCCUGGUCUGAGAGCUAUCAGCAGACUCACAGCUGGCUGAAGGAGAACCUCCACACCCUGAACCCAAUGCUGCGUCAUCUACAGAAGCUCUGGAUGAGCAGCUUCUCCUCUUUGAGGUUUGUGCGCCUGGAGGAUCUUCUCUCCACUGAUCUUCCUCUCCUGCCGGCUGAAUUUGAGACGUUGGUGUGCAAUAAGUGCCAAUGCACCCGAGAUGCACUGCUUAACAAUUGGUUGCCGCACUGUGUUUCUCUCUUCGAGAAGUUUGCAGACGCAUGGCUGCCACUGGUGCCAAAGAAAGCAAGUCUUGCUCCUGUAAAGAUCUGUGAGCUCUUGAACUGUGUGGCUGCGCUGAUGUCACUGCAGCUGCGAAGUCUGGUUAUUGCAUCACUGCAUGACCUGCUGCAGUUUCUCCAGCUGCAUCAGAAUGGAAAUGAUUUUGGCGAGUGUUUUGAUGAACUCCAGUACACACAGCGUCCGGUGUUACUGGUGAAGUUAAGAUUCGAGGAGCCUAGAAUCAUAUUUGAACCUUCACUGCAGAGCUGCUGGGAGCUCAUAGAGCAAGCGUUUACAAAGAUCAUCACCAGCGCACAUGACAUACCACGGGUGGAGUGUAAGCUGUUCCCAGAUAUUGGAGACUCUAUCAUGUUGUGGUCAGUGAGACCCGACGAGACAUUUGUACUGGACAUCAUGAACAGAGCAAGAGAGAUCUUUGAGAGGAACACCAUCGGACCUCAGAGGUAUGUGGAUGUAUACAAGACCUACAGUGAAGCACUGGAUGUACAAGACAUAAUGGAGUUCCUCAAUGCUAAACACUCACUGCAGGCAUUUACUAAGAAAAUAUCAGUUGUGCAGAACCUAAGGAAGGACAUCGCGUCUCUGCAUGUGACCGUUCCGCUGUCACUGUUCUGCCUGGACGCGGUGAACCUCAACCAAGACCUGUGUGACAAAGCAGGGCAUCUCAUAGAUGUCCUCAUCACAUUCAUUAUGGAGGAGAACCGAGGACUUAACAAGAGAAUCUGCCAUCGAUACGAUGAGAUAGUGGACAGAAUCCUGAGCAGGCCGAGCUGCACAGAGGAGCUGGUGGCAUUAAUUCAGUACAUGAAACACACCAGUGAUGUGAUGGUGUACAAACUGGGUCAUGAGACCGAGGAGGCCGCCAGACGACUAUUCUUCCUCCUGGACUAUGUAACUCUGACAGCGGAGGAUAUAAAGCUGUUCAGCACUGUGAUCAACUGGCCCAGAGAGAUUCUGUCUUCACUUCAGCUCAAUAAAACACAACUGGAAGAUCAGAGACACAAAGCUGGAUUGAAUCUGACCAACAGAUUGACCCAGUUGACGGACAGGACACUGAAGGAUAUAGAAAAGGAGGUUGACAUCUUUAAGGUGAAAGAGAAGAUGACUUUAGAGGAGAUGAAGAACAACGUUGAGAAGCUCAAUGAGAUCAGCAUUAAUUUGGCGACUGUCGCUAAGGAGCUCGAGGAUGUAAAUAGAGAGCAGGGGCUGCUGGACAUGCAACAGAGCGACUUUCCUGUUAUACAGACACUGAUGGAGAGGAAACAGCCAUAUGAGCAGCUCUGGACCACAGUACUUGAGUUUCACACCAAAUCUGAUGUGUGGAUGAAUGGUCCAUUGCUGGGUCUGAAUGCGGAGACUAUAUCAGAGGAGUUAGGAAACAUGUGGCGCAGCAUGUACAAACUCACAAAGCUCUUCUCAGAUCGGACGGGACCCGGACGCGUGGCUGAGAACUUCAAGAAAAAGAUUGAUAAAUUUAAACAGCAUCUGCACGUUCUGACGGCCGUCUGCAAUCCUGGAUUAAAGGACAGACACUGGGAGAUGAUCAGUGCUGUUGUGGGUGUUGAUGUUAAACCGGACAGGGAAUCAUCUCUGCAUCAGAUGGUGGAGCUCGGACUGGCCAAGUACAACGAUAAGAUGGAAGAAAUCGGCGCUACAGCCAGUAAAGAAUAUUCUCUAGAAAACUCCCUGGACAAAAUGAAACGAGAGUGGGCGGAGCUACGCUUAAUGCUUUCUCCCUAUAAAGACACGGGUACAAGUGUUUUAUCUGCUGUGGAUGAUAUUCAGCUUCUGUUGGACGAUCACAUCAUUAAGACUCAGACUAUGAGAGGAUCUCCGUUCAUCAAACCCAUCGAGUCUGACACAAAGCUGUGGGAGGAGAAGCUGCAGAACAUGCAAGAGAUCAUAGAUGCCAUGCUGCAGUGUCAGGCCAUGUGGAUGUAUCUCGAAUCCAUUUUCAGCUCUGAAGACAUCAUCGCUCAGAUGCCAGAGAACGGACGCAAGUUCUCCAUUGUGGACAGUUACUGGAGGACCAUCAUCACCGAGACGUUAAAAGACACGCAUGUGCUGGUGGCGACAGAGCAGCCCAACAUGCUGCGUCGCCUUCAGGAGUCCAACACCUUCCUUGAGGAGAUCCAGCAUGGCUUGAACUCUUACCUAGAGAAAAAGAGACUCUUCUUCCCACGGUUUUUCUUCCUGUCUAACGAUGAGAUGUUGGAGAUCUUGUCAGAGACGAAGGAUCCUCUGCGCGUUCAGCCUCAUCUUAAGAAGUGUUUUGAGGGUAUCGCUAAACUAGAGUUCACAGCAGACAUGGAGAUCACAGGAAUGAUCAGCUCAGAGAAAGAGACCGUUCCCUUAAUACAGACCAUCUACCCAGUCAAAGCCAAUGGAAUGGUUGAAAAGUGGCUUCUGGAGGUUGAAAACAUGAUGAUGAGCAGCAUUAGAGACGUCAUCAAACAGGGAAUGGAGCAGUACCCGGAGGUGCCCAGGAUAAAGUGGGUGCUGCAGUGGCCGGGUCAGGUCGUGAUCUGUGCAUCCUGUAUUUUCUGGACCAGUGAAGUGUCUGAAGCUAUAAAGACCAACACUCUUCAUGCAUAUGUCGAGAAAAGUAACACUCAGAUCACUGACAUAGUCGAGCUGGUUCGGGGAAAGUUGUCCAGUGGUUCGAGGAUGACACUCGGAGCUCUGAUUGUGAUUGAUGUCCAUGCACGUGACGUGGUGAGUAAACUGGCUCAGGAUGGAGUUUCGUCUCUGAAUGAUUUCCAGUGGAUUUCCCAGCUGAGGUAUUUCUGGGAGGAUGGGGAGGUCAUGCUAAGAAUGAUCACCACCACCAUCAGAUACGGCUACGAGUAUCUCGGGAACUCGCCGCGUCUCGUCAUCACACCUCUGACCGACCGCUGCUACAGGACGCUGAUGGGCGCUCUGAAGCUGAAUCUGGGUGGAGCUCCAGAGGGUCCAGCGGGAACGGGAAAAACAGAGACUACUAAAGAUCUGGCUAAAGCAUUAGCCAAACAGUGUGUGGUCUUCAACUGCUCUGAUGGUCUGGACUACAAAGCCAUGAGUAAAUUUUUCAAGGGUCUGGCACAGUCUGGGGCCUGGGCGUGUUUCGAUGAGUUCAACCGCAUCGAGGUGGAGGUGUUGUCUGUGGUCGCUCAGCAGAUUCUGAGUAUUCAACAGGCCAUAAUGCGUAACAUGCAGACGUUUAUGUUUGAAGGGACCGAGCUCUCUCUCAACCCCACCUGCUGUGUGUUUAUCACCAUGAAUCCAGGAUACGCAGGACGAGCCGAACUCCCAGAUAACCUGAAGGCUCUCUUCCGCACAGUUGCCAUGAUGGUUCCAGAUUAUGGAUUGAUCGGAGAGAUAUCGCUGUAUUCGAUGGGGUUCACAGCAUCCCGCAGUUUGGCCCAGAAGAUCGUGGCGACAUACCGUCUGUGUUCAGAGCAGCUCUCAUCUCAACCUCACUAUGAUUACGGGAUGCGUGCGGUGAAAUCCGUCCUCACUGCUGCAGGAAACCUGAAGCUGAAAUAUCCACAGGAGGAUGAAAGGGUGUUGCUGCUUAGAGCGCUCAUGGAUGUCAACAUGGCCAAGUUCCUUGCGCAGGAUUUACCGCUGUUUCAGGGCAUCAUCACUGAUCUGUUUCCUGGAGUUCUGCUGCCCAAACCUGAUUAUGAGUUACUGUUGAAAGGUUUGCAUGAAAACAUCGCUAAGAUGAAACUGCAGCCCGUGCCGUGGUUCAUCAGCAAAAUUAUACAAGUGUAUGACAUGAUGUUGGUCAGACAUGGCUUCAUGAUCGUUGGAGAGCCGAUGGGAGGAAAAACCUCCGCUUAUAAAGUUCUGGCUGGAGCGUUACGUGAUCUUUAUAAAGAGGGACUGAUGGAGGAGUUUGCCGUAGAUUUCCGCAUCAUCAAUCCGAAGGCUAUCACUAUGGGUCAGCUGUACGGAUGCUUUGAUCCCGCCAGUCACGAGUGGUCGGACGGCGUAUUGGCCACAUCAUUCAGACAGCAGGCUCAGUCCACCGCAGACGACCGUCAGUGGAUCGUAUUUGACGGGCCUAUUGAUGCCGUCUGGAUUGAAAACAUGAACACGGUUUUAGAUGAUAACAAGAAGCUGUGUCUGAUGAGUGGAGAGAUCAUUCAGAUGAGUCCUAAGAUGAGUCUGAUCUUUGAGCCUGCCGAUCUUGAGCAGGCAUCACCAGCUACUGUCAGCAGGUGUGGUAUGAUCUAUAUGGAGCCGCAUCAGUUGGGUUGGACACCCCUCAGAGACUCUUACAUGGACACAUUACCCGAGAACCUGUCAGAUGAACACAGAACGCUGAUUUUGGAUCUGUUUAACUGGCUGGUUCAACCCUGUUUGGACUUCAUUUAUCAUGAGUGUGGUUUCUUAGUCCAAACCUCACCAAUUCACCUGACCUACAGUCUGAUGCGCCUCUACACCUGCCUACUGGAUGAGAUCGUUCAGUCCGGACAGGACGGAGCAGAACCAAUGAGCAGUCAGCAGGUGACGCUAUGGCUUCAGGCUCUUUUCCUCUUCUCUGUGGUCUGGAGUUUGGGCGGAACCGUCAACGGCCACAGCAGAAAGAAGUUUGAUGCGUUCUAUCGAAACCUCAUCAUGGGUGCGAUCCCCAGUCACCCUCGACCCCAGAGCGUGAAACUCACUAAGAACAAUGUCUUUCCAGAGAGAGGCACUGUUUAUGAUUAUUAUUUUCAUAAACAGGGCAGCGGUCAGUGGAACAGCUGGACUGAAUCUAUCAGUACAGAGGACAGAGUCAUUCCUGCUGCUGCAAAAGUGUCUGAUCUCAUCAUACCCACAGCAGAAACAUCCCGCCAGCUCUUCUUCCUCAGGAUGUAUCUGUCACACGAGGUGCCCGCGCUGAUUGUGGGACCCACAGGAACAGGCAAAUCAGUGAUCAACAACAACUUCCUGAUGUCUCUACCUAAAGAGAGAUACACACCCAACUGCAUCAACUUCUCCGCCCGGACCUCAGCCAAUCAGACGCAAGAUAUCAUCAUGUCCAAACUGGACCGCCGGCGCAAAGGUGUGUUUGGACCACCGGUGGGCAAGAAAUGCAUCAUCUAUGUGGAUGAUCUGAACAUGCCUGCUAAAGAGGUGUAUGGAGCUCAACCUCCCAUCGAACUCCUGCGGCAGUGGAUCGAUCACCAUCACUGGUAUGACAAAAAAGACACGUCCAGACUGGACAUCGAGGAUGUGCUCUUUAUGUCGGCUAUGGGGCCACCUGGUGGAGGGAGAAAUGACAUUACAGGACGAUUCACACGACACUUGAAUAUUUUAUCUAUCGAUUCGUUUGAUGACGAGACGCUUGGUAACAUCUUCACUUCCAUCAGCGACUGGCACUUCAGUAACGGGUUUGACGCUUCAUUCUGCAGGUUGGGUAGAAUCAUGGUUCAGGCCACUAUGGCCGUGUAUAAGGACGCCAUAGAGAGUUUCCUGCCCACUCCAUCCAAAUCUCACUAUAUCUUCAACCUGCGAGACUUUGCCAGAGUCAUUCGGGGUGUAAUGCUGUGCCCAUCAACACACAUGCAGGAAGGUGAUAAAUUAAUAAGAUUAUGGAUUCAUGAGGUGUAUCGUGUGUUUUACGAUAGACUGGUUGAUAAUGAUGACAGAGAGAAUUUUUUUAGCCUCAUUAAAGAGAAGACAUCAGCAUAUUUCAAGCAGAGCAUUGACAAGCUCCUCGGGCAUCUCACUCUGUCUGGUAAAGUUGAAGAUGAUAGCAUUCGCAGCUUGUUUUUUGGCGACUUCGCCAAACCAGACUCUGCCAGUAAACCGUACGAUGAGAUCACAGACCUGCGUGCGCUCACAGAGGUGAUGGACGUCUACCUGCGAGAGUUUAAUAACAUCAGCAAAGCACCCAUGAACCUCGUCAUGUUUCAGUUCGCCAUUGAACAUAUCUCCAGAAUUUGUCGCGUGCUGAAACAAGACAACGGACACCUUCUCCUGGUCGGCAUCGGCGGCUCGGGAAGGCAGAGCACUACUAGACUCGCCACCUUUAUCAACGACUAUGAGCUGUUUCAGAUCGAACUCACCAAGAACUACAGCAUGUCUGACUGGCGCGACAGCCUGAAACACCUGAUGCUGAAAGCUGGGGUCGAAGGGAAGAAAACAACGUUUCUGUUUAGCGACAACCAGAUUAAAGAUGAAGCCUUUGUUGAAGACAUCAACAUGCUGCUGAACACGGGAGACGUGCCGAACAUCUUUCCUGCAGACGAGCGCGGUGACAUCAUCGAAAAAGUUCAGGGAAUUACACAAAUGGAAGGAAGAAAGAUUGACAUCACACCACUGUCCAUGUACAACUACUUCAUUGACCGAGUCAAAGCCAACCUUCAUAUUGUUCUUGCGAUGAGCCCGAUUGGGGAAGGUUUCCGCAACCGUCUGAGGAUGUUUCCAUCCCUGAUCAACUGCUGCACCAUAGACUGGUUUCAGGCCUGGCCCAAAGACGCACUGGAGAUGGUCGCCAACAAGUUCCUUGAGGAUCUUGACCUGGAGGAGAACAUCAUGACAGAGGUGGUUGACAUGUGUAAAACCUUCCAGGAGAGCGUGAGAGAGUUGUCCGAGCGAUACUACUCGCAGCUGUGCAGACAUAAUUACGUCACUCCAACCUCUUAUCUGGAACUCAUCCAGACCUACAAAACCCUGCUGAGCUCCAAACGCAGCGAGGUGAAUGACCUCAGGAGCCGCUACAUAGUUGGCUUGCAGAAACUUGACUUCGCUGCCUCUCAGGUAGCGGUCAUGCAGCAGGAGCUCACAGCACUGCAGCCGGAACUGAUCGAGACAGCAAAACAAACCGAUCAGAUGAUGGUAAAGAUUGAAAAAGAGACGGUAGAAGUGGAUGCUAAGAAAGAGCUAGUCAGUGCUGAUGAGAAAGUUGCUAACGAUGCGGCAGCUGCUGCUAAAUCCAUCAAGGAUGAGUGUGAGGGGGACCUCGCAGAGGCGAUGCCCGCACUGGAAGCGGCUCUUGCCGCUCUGGACACACUGAAGCCGGCUGACAUCACUGUCCUGAAGAGCAUGCAGAAUCCUCCCGGUCCUGUCAAACUCGUCAUGGAGUCCAUCUGUGUCAUGAAGGGCAUCAAACCAGAAAGAAAACAAGACCCUGGAGGAUCAGGAAAGAUGAUUGAUGACUUCUGGGGCCCUUCUAAAAAGCUUCUGGGUGACUUAAAAUUUCUUGAGAGCCUUAAGACAUUCAACAGGGAUAAUAUACCUGCUGCUAACAUCAAGAAAAUCCGAGAGAAGUUUAUAGAACACCCAGACUUUCAGCCCUCAUUGAUCAAGAGCGUGUCCUCUGCCUGCGAGGGCCUCUGCAAAUGGGUGCGUGCCAUGGAAGUGUACGAGCGCGUGGCAAAGGUCGUCGCCCCCAAGAAGGAGAGGUUGCAGGCAGCAGAGGCAGAGUUGUCCGUUCAGAUGAAGAAGCUGGACGUGAAACGCGCCGAGCUUAAGGAAGUAGAGGAUCGACUUCAGGCUCUGAACGACACAUUUGAGCAGAUGAUACAAAAGAAGAAAGACCUGGAGGAAAACAUAAACAUCUGUUCACAGAAACUCAUACGGGCUGAGAAACUGAUCGGAGGCCUGGGUGGAGAGAAGGACAGGUGGACGGAGGCGGCACGCGCGCUCGGUGUCAAAUACACCAACCUGACGGGUGACGUGUUGUUGUCCUCCGCUACUGUGUCGUACCUCGGAGCGUUCACCGUGGAUUACCGCGUGGCAUGUCAGCGAGAGUGGCACGAGCUCUGUGGUGAGAAGAAAGUGCCCUGUUCUAAAGACUUCACGCUUAGCAACACUCUAGGUAACCAGGUGCUCAUCCGGACGUGGCAGAUCGCCGGAUUACCCGUGGACUCUUUCUCCACCGAUAACGGAAUCAUCGUCUCCAACUCUCGCCGAUGGCCGCUCAUGAUCGACCCGCAGGGACAAGCCAACAAAUGGAUCAAGAACAUGAACAAAUCCAACAAACUCUCAGUCAUUAAACUCUCAGACAGCAACUACAUCCGCACCCUCGAGAACGCCAUCCAGUUUGGCACGCCUGUCCUCCUGGAGAACGUGGGUGAGGAGCUGGACGCGGUUUUGGAGCCGGUUCUUCUGAAGCAGACCUUUAAACAACAGGGCGUGGAAUACAUGAGACUGGGCGAGAACACAGUGGAAUAUUCCAGCGACUUUCGCUUCUACAUAACCACAGGAUUGAGGAACCCGCAUUUCCUGCCGGAGGUGGCCGUAAAAGUUUGCCUAUUGAACUUCAUGAUCACGCCGCUGGGACUUGAAGAUCAGCUGCUGGGGAUUGUGGCUGCAAAAGAGAAACCAGAACUGGAGGAGAAGAAGAAUCAACUCAUCGUCGAAAGCGCACACAACAACAAGCAGUUAAAAGAGAUUGAGGAUAAAAUCCUCAAGGUUCUGUCGGCUUCAGAAGGGAACAUUCUAGAAGAUGAGAUCGCCAUCCAGGUUCUCUCAUCGUCUAAAGUGCUGUCAGAAGAAAUCUCGAAGAAGCAGAAAAUCGCAAGUGUGACUGAAACCGAGAUCGAUGAGACACGUCUGGGAUACCGAGCGGUUGCAGAGCACUCAUCUAUUUUGUUCUUCUGUAUCUCAGAUCUGGCAAACAUCGAUCCCAUGUAUCAGUAUUCUCUCACAUGGUUUAUCAAUCUAUACUUGCAGUCCAUCGCUCACAGUUCUCCCAGCGAUGACCUUCGGAUCCGUACAAACAACAUCUUAAAUCACUUCACCAUGCGGGUUUAUCAUAACGUGUGUCGCUCUCUGUUUGAGAAGGACAAGGUCCUGUUCUCUCUUCUUCUGACCGUUGGCAUCAUGCAGGGCAAAGGUCAGGUGGAUGACCUCAUCUGGCGCUUCCUGCUCACAGGAGGUGUUGCUCUUGAAAACCCACACCCAAACCCAGCUCCAGAGUGGCUUUCAGACAAAUCGUGGUCAGAGGUCGUCCGCGCUUCCGAACUUCCUCGUCUAGAGGGAUUCUUUGAACAGGUACGGGAGAACAUCACAUCAUGGAAACAGAUUUACGACUCGAGUCACCCACAAGAAGAGCCGUUCCCGGAGAAGUGGAACACAUUGGUGGGUAUGGAGCGCAUGGUGGUGCUGCGCUGCUUCAGACCUGAUAAACUGGUGCUGGCGGUGCAACAGUUCAUCGUAGAUAAUAUGGGCCGCGCGUACAUCGAGCCUCCCACUUUUGACCUGGCGGAAAGCUACAAUGACUCAAACUGCUGUUCGCCUCUCAUCUUCGUUCUUUCUCCGGGAUCAGACCCGACUGCAGGACUGCUGAAGUUUGCUGACGAUUUAGGAAUGGGCGGCAGUAAGAGACAGACGAUCUCUCUGGGUCAGGGUCAGGGUCCCGUCGCUGAGCAGCUGAUCAUAGAAGCACUGACGAGCGGCACCUGGGUCGUUCUGCAGAACUGUCACCUCGCGACCAGCUGGAUGCCAACUUUAGAAAAGAUCUGCGAUGAGCUCAUCACACCGGAAAACACACACACCAGCUUCAGGCUGUGGUUGACCAGUCAACCGUCUGAUAAGUUUCCAGUGAGUAUUUUACAAAAUGGUGUGAAAAUGACAAACGAACCUCCCAAAGGACUAAGGGCAAACUUACUGCGAUCUUACCUCAGCGACCCCAUCUCAGACCCCGGCUUCUUCAACAGCUCCGCUAAAGCCGACGUCUGGCAGAAACUGCUCUUCGGUCUGUGCUUCUUUCACGGCCUUGUGCAGGAGAGGAGAACCUUCGGCCCACUCGGUUGGAAUAUUCCCUAUGAGUUUAAUGAGUCUGAUUUGCGAAUCAGCGUUCGACAGAUUCAGAUGUUUCUGGAUGAGUAUGAGGAGGUUCCGCUGGAGGCGCUCACGUACCUGACAGGCGAGUGUAAUUACGGUGGACGGGUGACUGAUGAUAAAGACCGGAGACUGCUGAUGUCCCUCCUCUCCAUCUUCUACAGCCGGAAACUUAUAGAACAGAACAACUAUCACGUGUGUGAGGGAGAUCUGUAUUAUGUGCCGUCACACGGUCUCUACCAGAGCUAUGUCGACUAUAUCCGUAACCUGCCAAUCACUGAUGAGCCCGAAGUCUUUGGCCUUCACAGCAAUGCUAAUAUCACCAAGGACAACCAGGAGACCAAUCAGCUCUUAGAUGGAGUGCUGCUGACUCUACCACGACAAACAAGAGGCGGAGCCAAGUCACCGCAGGAGGUUGUAGAUGAGCUGGCCGAGGGACUGUUGGCCAAACUCCCCCCUGAGUUUGACAUUGAAGUGGUUACAGCUAAAUAUCCGCUCCUUUAUGAAGAGUCGAUGAACACGGUCUUACGUCAAGAGCUCAUUCGAUUCAACAGGCUGUCAAAAGUGGUGCGCGGCAGCCUGCUUAACACCCAGAAGGCACUGAGGGGGCAGGUUGUGAUGUCUGCUGAGUUAGAGAAUGUUUUUAACAGUCUGCUCGUGGGGAAAGUUCCAGCCACGUGGGCCGCAAAGUCCUACCCGUCUCUCAAACCGCUCGGGAGCUACAUGUCUGAUUUCCUUGCCAGACUGCAGUUUCUACAGGACUGGAUUGAUAAGGGUCCUCCAGCAGUCUUCUGGAUAUCUGCUUUUUAUUUUACUCAAUCUUUCCUUACUGGUGUGUCUCAGAAUUUUGCUCGCAAAUACACCAUCCCCAUCGACUACAUCGGCUUUGAAUUUGAGGUGUGUAAACAGGAAACUCAUAUGGAGCAGAAGCCAGAUGACGGAGCUUACGUCCGUGGGUUUUUUCUAGAGGGAGCGUGCUGGGAUCGUGAACGCAUGGUCAUCAGCGAGUCUGUUCCUAAAGUUCUGUUUGAUCCACUGCCCGUAAUCUGGCUGAAACCUGGAGAGAGUGCCACGUUCCUGCAUGAGAAGGUUUACGUCUGCCCGGUUUACAAGACCAGCGCCAGACGUGGAACGCUCUCCACUACCGGCCAUUCCACAAACUACGUGCUCUCCAUCGAGCUGCCCUCUGACAUGCCCCAGAAACACUGGAUCAACCGAGGGGUCGCCUGCCUUUGCCAACUAGACAACUGACCGUCAGCAAGACAUCAUGAGAAUGCAAUUGUGUUUACUUUUGCCAAACAAAUAUGAAGCAAGCCACUAAAGCACUGCUUAGCAUAUGAUGUUGAUUUAUAAUAGAAUAAUAAACAAAUGAAGCAAA